UUUUCCCCAUACUUUAGUAGAUUUCAAAAUGGCUGCACAGGCUGUGAAAACCCGUCAGACUGCGGCAAUUAUCGAAGGAACCCACACAGAAGUGUUUUGUUCUGCUUAUCAGGACAGAAUCUUUUUGAUCGUUUCACAGUUUGAGAAGAUUGGAACGUUGGUUAGUGUAAAUAGGAUGUCUCCAACAGAGAGCUCAUCCAAAAGAGAGGCACAGACAUUCAACACAAGAAUACUCAUGGGCAGUGAUGAGGAAAUCUGGCAUGUUUAUGCUAAACAGAUCGGAGCCCUUAUAACUGAGCAUGCCAGCAAACCAGUUCUUUUGGGUAUUGCCCUCAAGAAACAUUCACCACAGAUACUACAGCAGAUUUUAAAACUGCUUGAAACAAAUAGAGUCUGGUGAUAAAGUUUACCUGUCUUAGACAGGAAAUGUACAGACUCCUACACAACAAUAAUUAUUGCAAUUAUUUACAAAUGAGUCUGAUAAAUUUCUGGACAGUGAAAAGUUUAAAUCUCAAGCUUGUUACUCCAUGACAUAGCUGUGAGUAUCAAAACAAGAGCAUACAAUGCAGAAAAGCCCAUAAUCAUUGAUUUUGGAGCCUUUGAAUCCAACCAUUAAUCGUCAUUCACUUUUAAUAUAUAUAUUUUUAAAGUUUCAUCUUAUGUGAAGCACUUUUUCUUCAUGUAAAUACAUAAUACGACUAAUAACUCAAAGGAAAAUGUUUUGUUAAAUUAGGUAAUAAUUUGAUGUUUAUUUACAGAUCUUUUGCUUUCUUCUGCCAUCUGUAUAACUUUCAAAUUAAUGCUUCUCUUUCUUCCUUUGGACAUUAUAAAACACUAUAAGUUGAGCCUGAGGGCAGCAAGUUGAGGAAGUCAGUGCUGCACUAUGAACCAAAUGGCAGUUGUAAUCUUUCAAUGAAUAGCUUCUAAACUUGGAUGUAUUUGACAAAACAAACUACAGAUAAUCUGUUUUUAUGUUUUUGUACACAAUUUACAAUGUUCUCCUUUUAGAUCCAGGUCUUACUUCUGGUAAUUUAAUAUUACUACCAUUUAGACCACAAGUUGUGUGAAAUUAGACAAACUUUACUUCAAACUAACCCUUGUAAAGAUUGGGUCUACCAUAAUCAUGGCUAUAGCUUUUGUACAAAUGAUGACAACCUUAAGGGGGGCACUGCAUCACACUCAGAUGAACCACCCUGCAUGAGUGGAAGGUGUCAGAAGCUCUUUUAAACCCUUUAAAAGUCUUCAUCAUCAAAAUCUUCUAUAACAUCAUCAUCAUCUCGAGGCAUCUCAGAGGUUCCUUGUGAAUCACACUCUUCACCCAUGGCCAGGCACUUAUUAGCUCCCUGGGUGCCAUUCCCAUUUGGUUGGGAACUAACAUGGACUUCGUCAUCAUUAUCACUAUUCAUACCACAGUCUUUUUCAUCAAGCAUAUCUGUGCCACCCCUACAAAUAAAAAAACCGAAAAAAUAUAUUGUUUUUGAAAGUGAAAAGUUGGCAUCUGAACCACAAUCAGUAUGAAAUUUAUCUGCUUGCUUCUACGUAGUUCAUUAUUGGACAUUACCUGAAUGGAUGCUUAGAUUUUCUGAAAUUGCUGAUAGCUUGCAAGAAGGCAAUUUGUCCUAAACACAAGAAAGAUUAACAAUUCAGUUAACUGAGAGUGAAUGGAACCUUAACCAUCCCAGAAUUCUGAUGAGGUUUUAGGUUUGUCACAAGGAGGAGGAAGAAGAAUAAUAAAUAAAGACAUAGUCAAAUUCAUAAAAAUGAUAAAUAAACAAAAUAGUUCAUAUUGUAACAAACCAGGUGUCCGCAGGGGAACAUCAGUGAUGGCCAAGUAUGGAAGGACCUCUGUUUGCAGAACUAAUGAUGGACAGUGGUAAUCUUAGGAAGUCAACAAAAUUAUCGCUGUCAACCAAAAUAACACUUCUUUAUUUGGGGUUAGCAAGAUUCUAGAUCUCAACCCUACUACUUCCCUCCCCUUCAUUAACAAUAUUGCCUACUUGUUGGUUGACAAGUCCCCUUUGGCCACAGCAAAAUGAUUUAGUGAUGACAGCACAAGUCUCACCUCUGAAGAGAUCUUGUGCAGUGUUAACACCAUCCCGCAUCUGAAAGUAAUUCAGUAUCACACUACCAUCAUCAUCAUCAGUACCAAUUAAAAAUAAACAUCUCAAUCUUAGUUCUGUGAGAGGGUCAUUUAAACCCAUAUUAGAGGAGGGUGUGUUUAAAGUAUGCAACAUUUUAUAGUUUUCAAUGGAUUUUGUACAACAUACUUUUUUAAGUGACUGUAUUGUCACAAGUUUAAAUUAAAUGUAUAAAUUAUGGAAGGGGGAAGGGGCAUAACUAUGCUAUUGCUAGUAUGUUUUCAUCAAUAUUUUUAUUUCCCUGUUAACUCACAUAAAGAAGCAAUUUGAACCUCCACUUUUAUCCUGAAAUAAUUUACCUUCUUAUUGACCUCAAACAACUGUGGUUUAUGAAGUGGUCUCCAUCCUCUCCCUGACCCACUAGAACUUGAUGAUGUCCCUGCUGAUCUGCUGUUAAAUAUCAACCCUCUUGCUGCCAGACAUGAGCUGUACUCCUUCAUGGAGGACUGAAACUGUGAUAUUAUUACGAGGACUUUUUAGCAUUUGUUUGACACGACAGCCCCUUUGUGAACAAAGUUUAUUAUCCAGAUAAACAAUUGCAAUGGCCCUCUGCAACUUGAAGGAAGCUACUCCUAUGGUCCAUGAAUCGUGUAAUCAAGUAAUUUUUUUUUCAAUCACGUUGGGUAUCAACAGAUGAAAAAUAAAAUGAGAGAUCUUUACCAUCCA